AUGGAUUCUCAGUUGCGCGUCAACCUGGUGGAUGAUAGUGAUAUCUCUCGAGCCCUCGAUCAUGUCUCAACCUCCUUCGCAGUUAGAGAUGGCCAUGAUUUUAUCAAGCAGAUUUUCAACCGCUACGGGGAAUAUAUGGAAGAAACCGCCAACACCAACUUCAUUGGUGGCAGCCCCUCUUGGGACAACUUGUUCUACAACUGUUUCGGGCAGGAUGUCACCAAAUUGCUGGAGCAGCUGCAGGUGAGCACGAGUUUUCUGAACGGUGACACUCUGGAAGAAAACCACAUGGCAUCAUUUCAAAGGCUUUACGGCAUAGGGAUCGUGCUAUACACAACCCAUCUCGCGGAGAUUAGCCGCUUCAAAUCUAUUCCAGCAUAUAUUCUUUCUGUGACCGACAGGCUAGCAGAGCUGCGUCCUUUCUAUAACAUCUCAAGACAAAAUCUGACACCUUACCAUGAGGACUUUUCAAGCCAACCCAAGCUUUUUGUUUAG